AUGAUUAACACGGAUGAGCAACCAUUGUAAUAUCGUAAACUGGCAUUACAAUGGCAUCCUGAUAAAAAUCCGAACAACAAUAAAAUUGCAGAACAAAAAUUUAAACGUAUAACUCAAGCAUAUGAAGUAUUAUCGGAUCCAAAGAAACGCAACUUAUAUGAUCGUUCACGUUUGAGUAAUUCACAGCGUCAUAAUAAGCAAUCACGUAAUGUUUUUCAUCAUCGAUUUCGCUCACCUUUCGAUAUUUUUCAAGAAUUUUAUAGCUACAUGGACCUGUUAGAUGAUUUUAUGAUGAAUGAAAAACCUUUUUCACCGUUCUUUUUUCGAAAAAGAUCCGACAGCGUUGACUCACUUUACAGGAGAGCCGGAAGUCAUAAAACGCGAUUUACCAACGACGCCUUUUUUGAUGAUAAAAGAAAUAAUGAAUUUGUCAAUGAAAAUGACUGUAGUUUUUCAUCGGUAAUACGGUUCUCAUCCGCGGAACCGGGAAAGAAUGCCUCUAGUCGUAAAACAUCAACAAGCACGAAAAUAAUUGAUGGGGUCAAAAUUGUCACAAAAAGGAUAGAAGCAGAAGGUAAAGAAACUAUUGAAGUGAUUGAGAAUGGUGUACUGAAGUCACGGGUCAUCAAUAAAAAUCCAAUCGGAGAAACCGCUGCGUAG